UAAUACUUCAAGAAACCUUAUUUAUACUAAAGCUCUCAUCUCAUGGUAAGCCUGAAGAAACCUUAGACGGGGAUGAGUUCAGUUGCAAGCCGCGUUCGGAUCGCUUCUGUGCGGUUUUCAAGAAUGAUCCACACGUCUUCGGCCAAUUCAUCCAAUGUUGUGUAGCGAACUCGCUUCGAGUUGAAAAUAUCAGCAACGAACUGCGUUAUCUGUUCCUAAAAAACGAUUAUUUUGAAAUAGGUAACACAAUAUACUUAAGCAACAGAGAUAAUUCAACACAACUCUGCUACCUUACACGAGGCUUUCAUAAUAAAAUCUCCGAGCUCAUCGCAAUUGUCACAAGAAAAUACAAGAACCAACUAAGAAACACGUUUUACCUUGAAGUAUUGGCAUAACUCCCCAAUGCGCGAGUCUGUGCCCAGAAAUCCAAGCGUAAUUGCCGGCGAGACUGCUUCAGAUACAUCAUAAACGUGCGCAAUGAAUCCAUGCUGGUCCUUUAA